UAUUUUUAAGUCGAUGCUGAAUUAAGUAAAUACCAAAACGCACCAGUGGCAUACGACGAGUUUAAAAAUAACCAAGCGCAGUCUAUAUUAAUCUUUCGAGAAGGCAACAGUUGACUAAAGAUUUGACUUUACAACUGUACUAAUUCCUGUGUUUAGUUUCGGCACAAGAAUUUUCGUAUUCUGCUAUCAAUAUUCCGCAUUGAAGAAACAUGUCUGUACUUUCAUUUCGUGUGAUGCCCACAACAUAUGAUUAUUUUCUAGAAAAUGCCUCUUCACGUUGCUUGCAGAGUCGAUGAUGCUAAUAAACACGAAUACGAUAUUAACCAAAUUAUAUUUCAUAAAGGAAAACUUUAUAGUGCUGCUGAUGACGGCAAAGUCAAGGUUUGGUCUCCUGAUCUGAAAUUUCUUCAAGAAGUUCAGGCACAUCCUUGCUCCAUCUUUUCAAUAACCGCUAAUGACGAUACUUUGUACACUUGUUCAAACGAUGGGACUGUGAGAAGUUGGGACCUUAAUAGCCUAAAAGAAAAAGAUUUUUUGAUAAAAGACGAAGAAGUCGAAUUUUGGAAAGUGAAGUAUGAUCAAGGAGUUUUGUACGUGGGGGAUGAUAACGGAAACAUGAGAAUUUAUAAAAAUGAAACAUUUUAUGGGUCCAUUAAUGUGGCUAUACCAGUUAAAGAUCUGGUUGUGAAAGAUAAUUUAGUAAUUGUUGCCAAAGAUAAUGAUGUUAUUGUUACAGACUUGCAUCUCCAAGGGAAAAAGCCACAGUUUGGCGUAACCGCUACAAUUGUGGGUAGAGGGCCCUUGCUCUUAGUCGAUGAUAAAUCUAUAUUCAUGAGCAGGGACGGUCGAGAUAUCCUUGUAAACGUCAUUGGAGAUAAACAACAUUUCAAACAAGUAUCAACAAUUGCUGGAGCACACGAUAUGAUUGUUAAUGGAGGGGCAGCUGCAAACUGGGAUGGCAGUAUUCUUUUGUUCACUGGUGGAUGGGAUAAAGUUGUGAAGCAAUGGAAAAUUGAAAAUGAUUCUCUAAAAGCAGACGGUUCUUUUGCUGUGGAUUUCGUUGUCAAUAGUAUGGUAGAUGGUGCAAAAGGGCACAUUUAUGUCGCUGGAAGUGAUGGACAUAUUAUUCGUUUAGAUGUUUAGAUUUGACAAAUACGCUGGCGAUGGUUAUUUCAUAAGUAAUUCUUUAAAUUUACUAUAAUUUCAUUUUUAUUCAUACUCGUAGUUUUUUGUAACUAACCAAAAGUAGCACACUGUGGUUAUUUUUGUAGUAAACUUUGAAUUCAAAUAAAAGCACCGGUCAUAUUUA